AUGUACGCAACGCCUCCCAUCCGCAUGUACGGAGCCGGAGCCAAGGAGGCCGCCGACGCCCGCCUCCUCGACGAGGUCAGGAGCCGUCGUGCCGCCGCCGCCAAGGCCGCCCACCAGGACUCCGCCGACGGCAUCCAAGAGCAGCUCGUGGAGCUCCGCCGCCGCCGCCAGUUCCUCGAGGAAGAGCUGAAGAAGAACAAGGCGGCUGAAGAGACUUUGCUGCGCAAAGCAGAUCGGGCUUCGGCCAUGAAGAAGACUGUGGGUGGGUUGGCGGAGAAGAAGGAGGAGAGGGAGAGGAGGAGACAGGCGGCUUUCGAGCAGAAGAGGAGGGAGGGGGAGAUGGGGAAGGGGCCGGUGGGCGUGGUGAAGAGGUCGCCGCAGAAGGCGGCGUGGAAGGGCAAGUUCAAGGACUUGUAG